CAGAAGGGCUAUGACAGAACAUGCCGAAAUUAAUCCUUUUAAAGUGAUGUAUAUUUACGACAUAUUUCAAUGAUGUAUGCACAAAUGGAGCUUCAACUGGCCCUGUCUCUCUCUUCUUCUUCGUCUUCAUCUUCUACAGAGUUUGAUCUGAACGAUCAGAACCAUGAAACUGUACAAGGAAAAGCCAUGUUUGGGUUCAUGAAAUCGGAGGAUUUUUUGAAAAGGAAGCUCUGCGUUAAUGGCGAUGACGAUGAAGAAGAGUUCCAUGUCCCUGAAACACUGCCUCUUCUUUUUUGCAACAAUAGUAACGAAGAUUAUGGUGAUGAUGUGAAUGAAGUUGAAUCCACUUUUAUGUUCAUCAAUAACAAAAACGGUGGAGAUGAGAAUGGUGUAAUCGGGUGGCCACCGGUGAAAUCAAGUAGGAAGAAGCUUUGCCACCAGAACCAUGGUGGCAGUGGUGGUGAUGAUGGUCGUCGAGGAAGCGGAGGGUCAAAGUCAAUGUAUGUUAAGGUGCAAAUGGAAGGAGAUGGAAUUGCAAGAAAGAUUGACCUUAAUCUACACCGUUCUUACCAUACACUCGUUCACACGUUAGCCCAUAUGUUUGGGAAGUGUAAAGAAGAAGUGAAGCUUACGUAUCAAGACCAAGAAGGGGAUUGGUUGCUUGCUAGUGACGUGCCUUGGGGAUCAUUUAUGGAGGCAGUUCAGCGUCUAAAACUACUAAGAAGUAGUUAUUGACAGAUUUGCAAGAUAGAACCUUCAUCGUUUUGGUAGAAUUGGAGCUAGAAAUAUAAGUAGAACUAUCAGAAAUAUAUAAUUUUCUGUUCUAAAUACAAUGCGUUAAUUAAUUAUGUGGUAUCGCGUGGUUUUUAUGUGAUGGUGUGAAUUCUAGACGACGUGUGCGGAUUUAAUUUCAU